AUGUCCACACCCACGAUUAUCGCAGCAGAAAAUUUAGCCGAGAAAAUUGAAAGUUGGGGUCUUCACCACUCAAAUAUUCAAUUUAUCGAGGAAACUCCUGGAUGCACUAGAAACGAAGCACAUCGAAAUCUGGGUAUUGGACUUGGUAUCCUUCUUAAGAACCUGCCAAAAAGUAGUCGCCAUUAUUCUCAGGCAACUGUUUUGAAAAAGGCUUUGGAGGUUGGUCCAGAGAAUAAUUUGAGAAAAGUGACAGGAUCGAUGGUUGAGAAAGUAAAAAGAUCUCCGUUGACGGUAGAUGACAUUGACCUGGAGGAAACUUUCAUAGAUUACUGUAAUAAAUGUAAAAACAUCUUUGACCUAUGUCAUAGUGACAUCAUGGAUAUGAGACCUACCUCACGCUUCACAGACGAAAUCGCAGAAGAAUCUUGGAAUAAAUUUGUGUUAGAGGAAUGGAAAAAUUUUAUACAAGAAUUUUUCGAGCCAAAGGAUAGCCAAGAAAAAUGGACAAAGGCUUGGCGUGGACUUCAUAAUGGCAAAGAAAUUGACGAAAACAAAAAAACCCUAGUAGAUGCCAUCCACAAUAUUCUUAGACCAUAUAUCAAAGCUUUUGAAGCACCGUACGUACAACAUACUAAAGUCAGGUGA